GAAAUCGAAAAGCAGCCCACACCCCCAAGCUAGCAUCUUUGUUUGCAUUUGCACCACACCAACCAAACACACCCCAACAAACACUCCUUUUCCUUUCUUUUCCUUUCCAAUCAAACAUUCUCGAUUCAAUCAAAACCCAACAACCAAAGAUUUCUCAUUCUCAAUCCCUUUCUUUUCCCACUCAUUCUUUCAUUUCAGUACUAAAAAAGAAAUAAAAAAGAAACAAUGCCACCGAUUGAAAAGCCUCCACCGGUCAUCGGAAAGAUCGGCUAUUACACCGUCUUUGUUACCCCUAAAUCUUCACCUGAUCCACCCCCGGUUCAGCCGCCUCCGGUUCAUUAUGACAAAACCCCCGGUUCAAAGUUUGGUUUCUUUUGGGAUGCCAUUUCCACUCUUCAAAAUGUGCAUUCAAGUUUGGAUGACUAUUUAGCACAUUGGUUUGGGCUAAAUCAGUCGAAAUACCAAUGGGCUUUGGAUGAUUAUUACGAAAACGAGAGCUUGGAGAAGGCUGACACAAAAGCUAAAAAUAUAUCUGCCACCACACAAAGUUUAUAACUGAUUCUCGAUGUAGAUUUUGAGCAUGGGGGUCCAUUUGGAACAUUUUGCACUACAUCUAUGUAUUAGAUACAUCACAAGGAAACUUUCAUUGGUUGUAGCAGAUUGAAUCUCCAAAGUUAUGGUGAUCUGAUCACGAUUCUUUUAGUAUAGCAAGUAUGAGGCGAUGCAACCUUUUCAUAGCUAUAUGUAUUACCUAGGCAACCACCAGAGGAUAAUAUUGUGGUGUUACGUCUAGCUAUAUAUUAACUUAUUCCACCUGUAAUCUAAUUCUCGGCUUAAAAGUCAUACUCGAAUGUUAUUAAGUUAUUCGGUGUGCCAUUGAGCACUUGUUAUGGCAUUGCAUUUGGUGUCAAA